AUGUAUGCAACUCGCUCUCAACUUCAUCCACAACACCUCACAACGUCCUCAAAAAUGAGUGACAGCGAGCGCGAGGCGCCAACUGCCUCGGAGAUCAUGAAGCUUCUCGACACGUUGCAGACUGCUGUGUCUGCGACGGAGAAGGCGGCCCGCCCGCUCCUCAAAAAGGCAAAGGCGGGCGACGCGAGCCUCGACCUGUCUUCAGGACUCUCGCUGCUGCUCGUACGCCCACACCUCCUUCUCUCUGGGUUGCAUCACUUGGUCGUGCUCGUCGGACUACGCCUCUCUUGUCUCCGCCAGAGCCAGCCUGACGCCUCAUCUUCUGCGGCGUUGUCGUCGGCCUAUGCUGCCGGACGGACUCGCCCCGAGGACCCUGUUUGGGAGGACGAGCUGGCUGGUGAGCUGGCUCUCUGCCACGAGGUCAUGGACAAGGUGCGCGGGAUGGAGAGCAAGCUUGAGUACCAGGUCAAGAAGCUUGUUGGACUCGCGGAGGCUGCCAACAAGCCUCAGGAUGAGGUUGAGGAGGACCCUCUCUCUUUCCGGCCCAACGCAUCUGCCAUGGUUGCUGCGGCCCGCACCGAGGACAAGAAGGUUGCCAGCAAAGACAAGGACGAGGACGAGGGCGGCGUGUACCGCCCCCCACGUGUCGCGGCAAUGCCAUACAACGAGCCCGGGACCCAGCGCCGCGAGCGGCGUGCGCCUGCUCUGCUCUCCGAAUUUGCGCAGACGAUGGACGGAGCCCCUGCUGUUCAGACCACGUCGGGUCUCUCCACACGCCCAGUCCUGGCUGGUGCGCAUACCAACUCUGUUUCGUCGAAGCGCGCUGCCGAGCUCAAGCGCCUCGCCGACUGGGAGGAGGACAACAUGACGCGUCUUGUGACGUCGAAGCGCGAGGACAAGCGCCGUCGCGAGGACGAGGAGGCGCUCGCGCUCGGAUUCGGAGUCGGCGGACGUGGGCGCUCACGCCGCCAGAACGGCCUCGAGGCCGAACUCGAGGGUGUCCUUGGCGAACGGGGGAGCAAGGGUGUAUGGGACAACACUGGGGUGCAGGCGCUCGGGAAGCGCGAAGGGAUUACUGGGAGGGCGAAGCGGGCAGCGGAGGAUGCAGGACCGCGCAAGAACCUCAAGAAGAGCCGGUUCGAGAAGGACGUCAAGCGCAAGCGACGCGCGAUCGGUCUACCGGCCAAGUAA